UAUAAUGUUUGGAGCGUUUUAUGCCACACCUUUGGGGAGAUGGAUACGCAAUAAGAUGGGGAGAAGGGAAAAUGAUUAUGAUGAUCGGUCAGAAAGAAGUUAUUCAACGUUAGACUAUGAUUCAGAAAAUGAUGAUAUGUAUUCCAGUAGCAUGAGUUAUAAUGUAUCUUAUUAUCCUACAUGAC